AUUAAAAACAAUUUAGUGGAGAAAUAGCUCAAAUUCGUUUUUGUCUUGUUUUGUUUCUCUCUCUCUCUCUCUCUCUCUAUCUCAAUUUCUGUGUGUUACAGUACUUGUUGUGAAAGAGGAGGAUCAUCAUCGGACUUGUCUUCGAUGGCCGGCGUCGAUUCCGGCAGGCUUAUCGGCUCUGAGAUUCAUGGAUUCCAUACCCUGCAAGAUCUGGAUAUACGAACGAUGUUGGAGGAAGCAUACACUAGGUGGCUCCGUCCUAAUGAGAUCCAUGCUCUCCUCUCUAACCAUAACUACUUCACCAUCAACGUCAAGCCUGUCCACUUACCCAAAAGUGGCACGAUUGUGUUUUUCGACCGUAAGAUGUUGAGGAACUUUAGAAAAGAUGGUCAUAACUGGAAGAAGAAGAAGGAUGGCAAGACUAUUAAGGAAGCUCACGAACACCUUAAAGUGAGCGUCUUUCACUUCACUGACGAGCGUUUGACAGAUAAUUUUAUAUGCUCUCUUGUUGUGAUGUUAUUGUUCAAUCUCCAGGUUGGUAAUGAGGAAAGGAUCCAUGUUUACUAUGCCCACGGUGAUGAUAACCCUACCUUUGUUCGAAGGUGUUACUGGCUAUUGGACAAGUCUCAGGAGCACAUAGUUCUUGUCCACUAUCGUGAGACGCAUGAGGUUCAGGCAGCUCCAGCAACACCUGGGAACUCGUACUCAAGUUCGACCACUGACCACGUAUCAGCAAAACCUGUUACUGAAGAUAUUAAUUCUGGUGUCCGUAAUGCUUGUAAUACAGCACGCAGCAACAGUCUGGUUGCUAGAAAUCAUGAGAUUAGCCUUCAUGAGAUCAACACACUUGAUUGGGAUGAGCUUCUAGUAGAAACAGGUAUGACCAACCAGUCUUCACCAACACAAGACGAUGUGUUAUACUUCACUGAACAGCUCCAAACUGCGGCUAUGGGAUCUGCACAGCAGGGGAAUCACCAUGCAGUCUACAACGGAUCAACAGAUAUACCAUCAUACCUCGGUCUUGGGGACCCUGUUUAUCAAAAUAACAGUCCAUGUGGCGCACGAGAAUUUUCUAGUCAGCACUUGCACUGUGUAGUAGAUCCAAAUCAACAGACAAGGGAUUCCAGUGCAACAGUUGCUGAUGAACAGGGUGAUGCUUUGCUUAAUAACGGUUAUGGAAGUCAGGAAAGUUUUGGAAAAUGGGUAAACAACUUCAUAAGUGACUCUCCUGGUUCAGUGGACGAUCCUUCACUUGAAGCUGUAUAUACACCUGGACAGGAAUCAUCUGCUCCUCCUGCUGUAGUUCAUUCUCAGUCUAACAUACCAGAGCAAGUAUUCAACAUCACUGAUGUUUCACCUGCCUGGGCCUACUCGACAGAGAAAACAAAGAUUCUUGUAACUGGGUUCUUUCACGACAGCUUCCAACAUUUUGGAAGAUCAAACCUCUUCUGCAUUUGUGGAGAGUUGCGUGUCCCCGCAGAAUUUCUCCAGAUGGGGGUAUAUCGUUGCUUUCUUCCCCCUCAAUCUCCUGGGAUAGUGAACCUUUAUCUAAGUGCGGAUGGGACCAAACCGAUCAGCCAAUUAUUCAGCUUCGAACACCGGUCAGUUCCAGUUAUUGAAAAAGUCGUUCCUCAAGAGGACCAGCUGUACAAGUGGGAAGAAUUUGAGUUCCAAGUCAGACUAUCUCAUCUUCUGUUCACUUCUUCGAGCAAAAUCAGCGUUUUCUCAAGCAGAAUCUCAGCUGAUAACCUGCUAGAGGCUAAAAAACUAGCUAGCAGGACUUCCCAUCUCUUAAACAGCUGGGCGUAUUUAAUGAAGUCAAUCCAGGCGAAUGAGUUGCCGUUUGAUCAAGCAAGGGACCAUCUCUUUGAGCUCACUCUGAAAAAUAGGCUGAAGGAGUGGCUUUUGGAGAAAGUGAUCGAAAACCGCAACACGAAGGAGUAUGACUCUAAAGGCCUUGGAGUGAUCCACCUUUGUGCUGUCCUUGGAUACACUUGGUCGAUCCUUCUCUUCUCCUGGGCAAAUAUAUCGUUGGAUUUCCGUGAUAAGCAUGGUUGGACCGCUCUUCAUUGGGCAGCAUACUAUGGAAGGGAGAAAAUGGUGGCUGCUCUUCUGUCUGCCGGGGCAAGGCCUAACUUGGUGACAGACCCGACUAAGGAAUACCUCGGCGGCUGCACAGCGGCUGAUAUUGCACAGCAGAAAGGUUACGAGGGUUUAGCAGCUUUUCUUGCAGAGAAAUGUCUUGUAGCACAGUUCAGAGACAUGAAAAUGGCUGGAAACAUCAGUGGUAACCUUGAGGGCGUCAAAGCAGAGACGUCAACAAACCCAGGGCAUUCAAAUGAAGAGGAGCAGAGCCUGAAGGACACUCUGGCGGCAUACAGAACCGCUGCAGAGGCGGCUGCACGGAUCCAGGGGGCCUUCAGAGAGCACGAGCUCAAAGUCAGGUCAAAGGCGGUUAGGUUUGCUAGCAAAGAAGAAGAGGCCAAAAACAUAAUAGCCGCUAUGAAGAUUCAGCAUGCGUUUCGAAAUUACGAGACUCGUAGGAAGAUUGCAGCCGCUGCUCGGAUUCAGUACAGGUUCCAAACAUGGAAAAUGAGGCGGGAGUUUUUGAACAUGCGGAAAAAGGCAAUUAAGAUCCAGGCUGUGUUUAGGGGGUUCCAAGUAAGAAGACAGUACCAGAAGAUAACAUGGUCGGUGGGAGUUCUUGAGAAGGCGAUUCUGAGGUGGAGACUCAAGAGAAGAGGAUUCAGAGGGCUUCAGGUUAGCCAACCUGAGGAGAAGGAAGGCACUGAAGCGGUGGAGGAUUUCUACAAGACAAGCCAGAAACAAGCAGAGGAUCGGCUAGAGAGAUCAGUGGUUCGAGUCCAGGCCAUGUUCCGGUCCAAGAAGGCUCAGCAAGAUUACAGAAGGAUGAAACUGGCUCAUGAAGAAGCUCAGCUGGAGUAUGAUGGGAUGCAAGAGCUUAAUCAGAUGGAUAUUGAGAGCUGAAUUUCAUAUUAAAGAGAAGUGUUGUGGUAUUACAAGUAAAAUCUGUGUAAAUGACAAGAGGCAAUUUCGGCCUUUUUGAAGCUGUUUGUUAGCAUGGUAAAAUCAAUUCUGGAGGUGGGAGAUUUUGCUUAGAGGCGUCUUGUCAUCAGUCUUUUGUUUGGAAGACGAUGUUAGUUUCUGUAAUGUGUUAUGUGACUUAUGUUCAAUAAACAAUCUAAGAUAUAAUAAGAAGACAGAAAAAAAAAACAUGAAACAAAUA